AUGAGCAUGCAAAAGCUCCUUGAUAUCGAUCCUCAGCAGGCAGCUUUUCGCCUUAAGGUGGGGAGACAACUUUCUCGCAGAAUUAAGAUAUCUAAUAACUCCCAAGGCCAUGUUGCUUUUAAGGUUAUGACGACAAAUGUUGAUAAAUAUUUUUCUCAACCCAAUGCCGGAGUUCUUUCGCCCGGAGAAUGUUUAGAGAUUACAGUAAUUAUGCAAACCCUAACAGAGAUCCCUUCUAACAUGGAGUGUAAUGAUGAGUUUCUGAUAAGAAGUGUUGUUGCAACUCCUCUUCACACACCAGAAACCGCACACGAGCUGUUCAGUGAAGGAACACGUGCAUUUGAAGAUUGCAAUUUAAAAGUGGUGUAUGUUUCACCAAAUGCAGCAGCUUCGCAACUGAAUCAGGAUGGCAAUUUGACCCGCCCAUGGUUCCUCGCCCUGAAAUUUUCGGGUAUUACCCGCCCCGAAAAAAUGCGGGGCCGGGAUGGGGAUUGA